AUAAAACUGUCAAAAAGAGUACCUAUCAAGCAGUUUGACAAAAAGCAGUACCUAAUUUGAGUUUUUGUUUGGCAGCAUUGUUGCGACGCAAAGUGCCCAAAGUGCCAUUAAAGUUAAGAAGAAGAGAAAUAUUGUAGACAGUUAAAAAAACAACCUAUCUAUGCGUGAAUCUUAAUCAAACACUAUUCAUUACUUUUAACUAUAUUAAACGGGCUACAUUUCUAGUUUACCCUGUAUUAACACGUUUUACGUUUUAUUUAUUCACUUAGUUAAAGAUCAUUUUUUCAAUAAACUAACAACAAAAUGAAUAAAAACAAAAAACGAAGUUUUUCAUCAUCAGACUCGGAUAGUGCCGAAGAAAGUCGGCGAAAAGAUUUAAAGGAACGCGACGAAUUUGCUAAAAGAUUAAAAGAGCGUGAUGAAGAAAAAGUGAAGAAAGUAUCUGAAAACUCCAACAGAAGGUCUUACGAAGAAGCCGCCAAACGCUUAAAGUUAGAAGCCGAAGACAGAGAUAGACUUUUGCCAAAAUUACGCGUACAAUCGCGUCGCAAAUAUUUGGAAAAACGUAAAGAAGACAAAGUUAUUGAAUUGGAAGCUGAUAUUGCAGAUGACGAAUACUUAUUUGAAGAGAGCUCUUUAACAGAGAGAGAAAAGAAGGAAAGAGAACACAAAAAAACAAUAUUACAAUUAGCUAAGGAACAUGAGAAAGCUAGAGAACUUGAAAAUGUUCAACGCUAUCACAUGCCACAAGAUUUGGGUAAAGGAGAAAAAGGAGAAUAUAUUGAAGUUGAUGAAAAUGAAAAAUUACCCCACUCCGAACAAAGAAAAUGGGAACAGGAACAGAUUCGAUCAGCAUUUUUCAAAUUUGGUGCUAAGGAUGCUAAAGCUCAAGAUGAAUAUGAUUUAUUAUUAGAUGAACAGAUCGAUUUCAUACAAGCAUUGCAAAUGGAAGGAUCGAAAGAAAAAGCAGAAGAAAAGGAGAUAUCUGAAUACAAGAAAAUGCGUAUGACAAUUGAAGAGACCAAAAAGUCCUUACCAGUUUAUCCAUUUAAAGAAACCCUGAUAGAAGCUAUAAAAAACUAUCAGAUUUUAAUUGUAGAAGGUGAAACAGGUUCUGGCAAAACAACACAAAUACCUCAAUAUCUUCAUGAAGCUGGCUUUACAAAAGAUGGAAAAAAAAUUGGAUGUACUCAGCCCAGAAGAGUUGCAGCAAUGUCAGUAGCUGCAAGAGUCGCACAAGAAAUGAAUGUAAAACUUGGAAAUGAAGUUGGGUAUAGCAUUCGAUUUGAAGAUUGUACUUCUGACAGAACUGUCAUAAAAUAUAUGACUGAUGGAACACUUCAUAGAGAAUUUUUGUCUGAACCUGAUCUAGCAUCCUAUAGUGUAAUGAUUAUAGAUGAAGCUCAUGAGCGAACAUUACAUACAGAUAUUCUAUUUGGUCUUGUCAAAGACAUUACUAGAUUCAGGCCAGAUUUAAAGUUACUCAUUUCUAGUGCUACUCUAGAUGCUGAGAAAUUUUCCAAUUUCUUUGAUGAUGCACCCAUAUUUCGGAUACCUGGUAGGAGAUUUCCAGUGGAUAUUUAUUACACAAAAGCCCCUGAAGCUGAUUAUGUUGAUGCAUGUGUGGUUUCUGUUCUACAGAUACAUGCAACUCAACCUUUAGGUGAUAUUCUAGUUUUCUUAACUGGUCAAGAAGAGAUUGAGACUUGUGUAGAAAUGUUACAAGAAAGAACCAAAAGAAUAGGCAAAAAGCUAAGAGAACUGAUUAUAUUACCUGUAUAUGCAAAUCUUCCGAGUGAUAUGCAAGCAAAAAUAUUCGAACCCACUCCUGAAGGAGCCCGAAAGGUAGUUUUAGCCACUAAUAUUGCUGAAACAUCAUUAACUAUUGAUAAUAUAAUUUAUGUAAUUGAUCCUGGAUUUGCCAAACAAAAUAAUUUUAACUCAAAAACUGGCAUGGAAAGCUUAAUGGUAGUGCCCAUUUCAAAAGCUUCAGCUAAUCAGAGAGCCGGUAGAGCUGGAAGAGUGGCUCCAGGGAAAUGUUUUAGGCUCUACACAGCUUGGGCCUAUAAAUAUGAGCUUGAAGAUAAUACUGUUCCAGAAAUACAAAGAAUAAACUUAGGUAAUGCAGUUCUUACAUUGAAAGCGUUGGGAAUAAAUGAUCUUAUUCAUUUUGACUUCCUGGAUCCUCCACCCCAUGAAACACUAGUCUUAGCUUUAGAACAAUUGUAUGCUUUGGGUGCACUCAAUCAUCAUGGAGAAUUGACCAAAGCUGGACGACGAAUGGCAGAAUUUCCUACAGACCCAAUGCUUGCAAAAAUGAUUUUAGCUAGUGAAAAAUAUAAAUGUUCAGAAGAAAUAGUUACAAUUGCUGCUAUGUUAUCAGUAAAUAGUUCAGUAUUUUACAGACCAAAAGAUAAAAUCAUCCAUGCGGACACUGCUAGGAAAAAUUUCUUCCACCUACAUGGUGAUCACUUAACCCUCAUGAAUGUUUAUAAUCAAUGGGUUGAAUCUGACUACUCAGUGCAAUGGUGUUAUGAAAAUUUCAUUCAGUAUAGAUCUAUGAAGCGAGCACGCGAUGUACGUGAACAAUUAGCUGGUCUCAUGGAGAGAGUUGAAAUAGAUAUGGUUUCUAGUAUAGCAGAAGAUGCCAAUAUUCGAAAAGCUAUUACUGCAGGUUACUUUUAUCAUAUUGCCAGGUUUUCGAAAGGUGGCCACUAUAAAACUAUCAAGCACAACCAAACUGUCAUGAUUCAUCCUAAUAGUGCUUUAUUUGAAGAACUCCCCCGGUGGGUUAUAUACCAUGAACUAGUGUUUACUUCAAAGGAAUUUAUGAGACAAGUUACUGAAAUAGAAAGUAAAUGGCUAUUGGAAGUUGCUCCACAUUAUUAUAAAUCCAAAGAAUUAGAAGACUCAACAAACAAAAAGAUGCCCAAAACCAUUGGAAAAUCAGCAAAUAAUUAACAACAACAAUUAUUUAUUAAUUAAAAAAUUCUACUACAAUAUGUAAAUAUGUAUUAUUUCUAGAAAUUAAUAAAUUAACAUUUAAAAUUCAGUGCUAUUGUGGUGUGUUUUGAAUCUAAAAGUCUGAGACCCUGCCCUUUCUCUCCCAAUCACCAUAUCUUGUUGGUUCUGGUCCUCUAGGUCCUCCAACUUCACCAGUAUUAGGAUUGGUGUCGUUUGGCCAUGGUGGUAAAGGGUCAUCUUUUGGUGCUGGGUGCAAAGAUUGUUCACCAAGAUCGUUGAUUGGGGUCGUUUCCCUCAACUUUUUUCGAAACUCUGCCAUUCUUGUCGAUUCUGCUUUCUUUGAUUCUUUGACAUUUUCUCCUACCUCACUGCUGGCUUUUUGUGAUAGGUUUGAUGAUAAGCGAUUAUAUGGUGACCCUGCAAUAAAAACACUUGUCUAAAUCCAUACCAGAUGCUUAUAUUAAUUGUGAUGAUUUUACAUUGUAUAUUUAACAUACCUAUAACAUUGGCAAGUAGCUGGUUUAAACGAUGAUAUCUUUGCAUCUCAAAAUAAUUAUGAAAAACCGAUAAUCAGUUAAACAAAUAAUUUAUUGUAUAGUUUAUACGAUAGAGAAUUUAUUUUUUAAUGUUAUCUUGAUACAAUGCUUCGAUCAACAAUACAACUUAUUAAAUGCAA